AUGAUACUUUCUUACACACUCUCUCCAUUUCUCUCUCUUUUAUCCCUCUCUCUCACUCCUUCUCUUCUUCUUUCACCGUCUCUCUCUUUCUUGUUUUUUUCUCUUUCUCUCACUUUUUCAUCGCUUUCUUUCUCACUCUUUCUCUCUCCCUCUCUCACUCUUCGUCUCUCUCUCUCUUCCUCCUUGCUUCUCGUUAUCUCUCCCUCUCUAUCUAUCUCUUUCUUUCUAUCUCUCUCAAAUCUGCACAGCUCUCUCUCUCUCUCUCUCUCUCUCUCUCUCUCUCUCUCUCUCUCUCUCUCUCUCUCUCUCUCUCUCUCACACACACACACACACAUUUUUACCCCUUUUUGCUUUCAUUCUUUUUUAUCUUUUUUCCGUCCUUUUCCCUAUAAUAUCACAUUUUCGUUUCUUUUUACGCCCUCACUUUCCUCCAAUUUUUUUUUUCGUCUCUGCAGAUAUCGUAUUUUCUCUAAAGAACAACUAUUUCUCAUUCUUUCUCCGCAAUCCAAGCCACAAUUUUUAAUUACCUCUGCCCACCCCAUUAGUGUCAUCAGCGGUGAAUGCGGACACACAAAAGACUAA